AGUUACGACUUUCCAGUCGACGCGUCGAUUUUCCGUUGAAUAGCGACAUGUCGUGCACUCGUGAUAAAGAAACGGAGAGGGUAGAAUGGUCAUCUUCUUAAAUAUUGCGCGCGAUCGAAAGCACGUACUUCCGAGUUUGAGCCCUGUUUCGCUACCUGUACUAUGGUUUAGUUUUCAUUCAGCUCCUCGCAUUUUGCGUAUGAUCGCAUCUCACUGAGGUGAGGACAUCUUGUUCAAGAACUUCCAUGAAUUAUUAGCAGAAGAGUGGGUUAGAGGGGGCUCGGACAGUGGUCAGAAUGGACGGUGGAAAAUUGCAUUGACAAAGUCUUCUGAGAGGGUUGAUGACGCUUUCAAGGACGAGACUCUAGCACCCUAAUCGGUUGGAUCUACAGCUUUGGUUGUUCUUCUGUCAGUUUGCCAGAUUAUUGUUGCCAACUAUGGUGAUUCAAUGCUCUGUUGUCAGAGUCAAGCCAUCCCCUUGACGGUUGACCAAAAGUUAUGAAUAGGUUGGAGUUGGAACUAGAUGAUGAAGGCUGUUGUGGGGUUCAGUGGGCUUACACUUAUUGUGUAUAAUUCUGUCGACAUAAUUUCUAUCUUUGGCUUGCUCGUACCCUAUUGAGUUAUUGCUCCAUUUCUGAAAUUGGUAAAUUAGUGGGCCAGAAGAAUAUGAUAGACUGGUUAAGGGAGGAGUGCGGAUUCUGUUUGUGGGCUUCCCUAGGGUCGAAGGAGUAUUGACUAUGACCAGGGCAAUAGGACUGAAGAAGACGAGUGUUCGAUUCUGGCUAGUGAUGGAGUAUGGGAUAUCUUGUCUGAUGAUGAUGUGAUGAAGAGGCUUGCAGCAUACUGAGGAGGCAACACAGAAAGUUGGCGUUUGGUGGAGCUCAUGAUGGAAUUUAUCCAGCACAAUAUGCUGCAAAUCAAAUCCGCAAUGUGUUCAGUCAUUUGAGUGGUGACAACAUCUCAGUUUCUGUAAUUGACCUAAAGCACCAAAUCAAGGAGCGCCAACCUGAACGGUGAACGUAGUAUCGACAUACAGGUUGGCUGGGCAGAAGUAUGUGAUCUUUUCUAUAAACUGGACAUACACUUCAGCUGUAGUUAAAUAAUUAUACAAACUCUGCAGCUCCUUUACCUUAUCUAUUCUAGUUUGUUAGAGAGGCUUGCCGUGUAUUUUUCUAUAUACCUAGUUUCAACCCUGUAUACUAUUUUUGCAUGCAAUUAUGCAUCUACCUUACCCAAGUUCUCUUCACCUUAGAAACCCUACUAACUAAAAUGAAUUUUCCGAUUUCAUGAAACAAUUAGCAAACUUCUUACAUGGAACGUGUGUAAUCAAUAUAUGUAUAUAGGUAACGCCGUACAUAGUUUCAAGUUAUUGUGUGUUAAAUUUUGUCUAACUUUGUCUCUACUCAGAUGAAUGCGUAGUACUGGGAUUCUUUCUGUUUUAGGUUACUUCGAGGACUUGGAUGGGCUUAUUUGGAUAACACUUUGGCGAAUGGAGAUAAAGCUACCCAUAGUGGAGAAUGCUGCUUUCAAUAAUUUCGUAUUUCCAAGGAACGGAUUCUUAUGAGGAUGAACAGAAUUGAUGCUUCAAAAGGAGGAAUAUCUGUGUAAAGCUCACUGAGAAAGCAACCUUAAAGGUAAGCCUCUAUAUGAUUGCAACCAACACGCACAAGUUUGGAUUAUUCUCAAUGAACACAUUCUCGAUUAGGAAAGGUACAAACGUAUUCUCUUUUUUGUUAUAUCCGCUCUCUUGAGCUGCCCAUUAAGCAACUAAUUCUCUGAGGUGGCAAUGUUUAUGCUUUCUUGAAUUAGGACGAUGGCAUCAAAGCCAGAUUUUAAAAUUAUAGUGGUUCCUUUCUUGCCGGGUAAUUGAUGGGUCUUAGCAGUGCAACAUUUGUAAUACGUCUCAGAGAAUCUAGAGGGCAUGUCCUGUAGGAGUGUCUGCAAGUUCGAUUUGAGACAGUAUUUUGUAGGCUUUCGGAGUGCAUAUGAUAGAGGUCUUGUUUGGAGGGAGGUGGUGUUGUUUCAUCCUCCCUCAUAAGCUAGGGGUAGAUCUCUAGUGUGUGCCUUAUUUUUAAGUCUAAUGGAGGGUUUUGGGCAUUUGUGAUUGUAACUAAGAACAGUGACUAUCUUCUCUUUUGUUCUUAUUCAUUGGACUGAUCUUUCUUUUUCUCUCUGGAGUCUUUUAUGUAAUUUUUGUAGGUAGUUAGCUUUGUAUUAUGACUCUUUUACCUUUUUUAUUAUACAAUUAUUAUUUUCCUCUUAUGUUGUGUCUUUUAUCAGGAGUAUUUUUACGAUUUCUCCUUAUUCCUUUUACACAAGAAAGACAUAGAUCUUUUAGUCGUUACAGAUUUAUGUCAUACUCUAAUGAACAACCGGAAAGAUUGAUAAUACAAGUAAGAGAUUGAUUACUGUCCAGGGUGGGAUUCUUAUCGACAUAGGAGGGACAGUGAUGGAAAAAGAGAAUCACAAUCUAUGCCACGAAAAAAAAGGAAAAACAAAAAAUAUGAGUAUAUAUAUGUAAACACAUAGCCUUAUUCUGAUCCCACUUCACCCACCACACCCACACAUAUCACUAGCUUUUUCCUGUUAACUCUUUUAAUAAAGCAUUUGAUGUGACCAAGCAUUUGAGAAUGAGAAAGAGAGAGAGAAGGGGUUGUGUGUGUAGCUUAGCUUCGAGAGAGAGCACUGCACAAACAUCUUUCUGCUGUACAUGCACUUCUUAUCUCACUUGGUAUAUUUAUGGCAGAGGAAUGUAAAGGUGGAAUCUCUUCCCCUGAACACUUGACAUUUCCCACUUUUUAACAUUACAUCUGUCUAAAAUUACAGGUGAGAGAUGGAAGAGUAAAAGACGUGACAAGGACCAUUGCCUGCAAACGUACUGAGCUUCUCAUGUCAAUCAUUGGUCUAUUUUUUAGGAGUCCCGAAUUUUGUACCAGCAGUUCCUGCAUGGUUUUAAGCAGGGAUUUAUAACUUUCAAUUAAAAUGUGACCAAGUUGAUCCAAUUAUCGUUAAGGAUGCUCGAGAAGUUCCCUGUUCUUUAAUCCUCUUUCCCAAGGCAAUCAGGUCCACACAUCACAUACUUGCAUUGUCAUCAUCUCCUGUUCCCUUUUCCCACAGCUAUCCCAUCUCCCUUUUCCCUCACUAUAUAAACUCCCUUCCAACCCUUUCUUAAUGGUAUACCUCAACCGCCUUUAACCACUCAUUUCCUUUCCUCAUAAACCUUCAUUUUCCCCUCAUUCCCACUUCCUGAAAUGGAGAAAACACAAUUGCGUAGGCAGCUAGCCAACAUCAGGCAGUCCCUCUUUGAUCAGGGCUUUCUUGAUGAACAAUUCGUGCAAUUGGAGGAACUGCAAGAUGAUGCUAAUCCAAACUUCGUGGAGGAAAUUGUUACAUUGUAUUACAGAGACUCAUCCAGGCUGAUAGUCAGCAUAGAGCAAGCACUACAGAAGAGCCCUCUGGACUUCAAUAAGUUGGAUGCUCUUAUGCACCAAUUCAAAGGAAGUAGCUCAAGUAUUGGAGCCAAAAAGGUGAAAGCUGAGUGCACACAGUUGAGGGAAUAUUGCAGGGCAGGAAGUGGAGAAGGAUGCUUAAGGACAUUCCAACAACUGAAGAAGGAAUAUACAACUCUGAGGAAGAAGCUUGAAGCCUACUUUCAGCUGGCAAGACAAGCUGGGCCCAUUGAUUCUGCCUGUCGGCCCAAGUAAUCCACACGUGGAUGACAAAUGGAUGACAAGUGGACGACAAAGCUGAUGUGGCAAGAUGUUAUUGGAACUUUUAUAUGUUUCCUAAUGUUAUGUAAGCUCCACUUAUGGAUUGGAGCAGCCUGCCUGUGGGGGCUAUGGGCUGCUUUUGUUUUUGGGUGUAGUUCAUGAAUGCAAUUUUAAUUCAAGUUUUGGUUCCUGUGU